AUGCAAAAAGGCAAGAGGCAUCACCACGGGAAUGGUGGAGGGGGAACGGCUCAUAACGUUAACCACAAGAGGCAUGGAAAACCUACUCCGCCCAUUCGGCAUGACAGUACAUUCUAUCAAAAGAGGGGCACUGGCGCAUGCAGCCGCAGCGGUGAUCGAACACGAUCUCGACCCUCGCCUGCUGGCUCAGUUGGGGAAACACGCAGACCCUCUAGAGCUACCACGCAGCACAGCUCGCUACAUAGGGCCUUGGGUCGCCCUGGUAAACAAGUCGGCACACCUGAUGGCACACAUGUAGACGAGAUCAGCAAAUGGGCGAUGUUUCUAUGGGCCUAUCCGGUUAGUAGAAAGGAGUAUGGAAAGCUUUUUGAGGGGCACAGCAUUUUGCGACGUACCGAUCACACACGGGUGGCCGAUAAGACAGAUGAAAGAAAGUUACCGUUACAACAGGUAGAUGUGGAUACUCCCUCAUUGCACUGGAUCCGGAGCCGGCUCAAUUCUACGGCUCUGGAACGGUUUAACACAGUGUGGGACUUGGUCCAACAGCCAGCUUUUGCUAGGGCAGGGGAACGGGAGCCUCUGUUGAGGAUGACAGAGGAGGACGCCCAGGUUAUGAAGAAGGCGGGUAUUAUUCAACCCGCAUCAAAGCUACCCACUACCGGGUGGGUUGUGCCUUUUACGGUAGUGGAGGAAAAACAGUCGGGGCCGCGCCGCCGUUUCAUAGCAUGGCCAAAAGCUAAAAAUGAACAAGAGGACUACGAGGCUUUGGUUCCUCUGGGGCAUAUUUCUCAGUACCUGGGCGCGGUUUACGAUGAGACAGCCGCCAUUUUCGAUUUAAAGGCAUCUUUCUUCCAGGUAGGCUUGCCAGCCGAAACACGCGGGAAUUUCCGUUGUCGCACGGAGAAGGGGGAGCUCGUUGAGUUCACGCGACUCCCCAUGGGGUAUAAAUGUAGUCCAGAAAUCGUGCAUACCAUCACAAGGGUUUUGGCGGGUGACCCCGAGGUUGUUAAACCGCGGUUCGCAGCCCCGCCGGAGCUAACCCUUCACGUGUGGAUUGACAAUCUGCGUAUCACAGGGCCACGUAAAAGUGUUGAGUUGUGGGGGAACACUAUUAUGGGAAAUAUGCGCGAUUGCGGUGCGACGGUGGGAGAGCACGAGACCCUCACAACGCGUUAUGAAUUCAUAGGAGUUUGUUUCAACCACACGGCUAGGACGGUAUCCCUCAGUGACAAAACGUUACGGAAAUUGAAGAGCGCCACACCCCUCCACAAGAUUUCGGUGGAGGAAUUGGAAUGCCUCACGUCACGUAUGAUGUAUGCGGCGGGGGUUCAGGGGGGUUCGCUUUUUCGCCAUUAUUUCUUCUUGAAAAUGGUGCGCAGAAGACUUUCACGACUUAACAGGGGGCUGGUAGACGCACGCGGUCCGGCAGCCCUACCCCCCUUUGCCCUUACGGUGGGGCAGAAAUGGCUGGACACUCUAUUACAGAACAACCCCGUAUACCCCCCGCGGGCUUUACCGACUUCAGGGACAUUGGUGCCAGACGCCUCUUUAUAUGGAUGGGGCGCGCUGUUGUUUAAAGGCAGCGGGGAAGUUUGGGCCACGGGGGGUGCUUGGGAAAAAGCCCCCCAUAUAAUUGCACAGGCUGAAGCGAGGGCCGUCGGAUUGGCCUUGCUCGCUUUCAAGGGGAAUAUGCCUAUUACACUCCAUAUAUGUAUCGACAACACGACGGUAAUGCAUAUUAUGAAGAAAGGCAACACGCAUUCCGAUGCCCUGGUGGGAGAGGCGGGGCUUAUCGACAGGGUUCUGCGGGACCAAGGCUUGCACGCCUCAUGGGACUAUGUCGCGUCGAAAAACAACCCUGCGGACGGUAUAUCACGAGGAGCAAAGGUUUUGCCGACGGACAUCGCGAAGGGGUGGGACUUGCGAAGGGGGGCGCGGGAGGCGGGUUAA